AUGACGUCACAGCGCUUAUUUCUCACUUUACCUCCUCCUCUUCACAUAUUCUCUCCGUGCUUUUUCAUCCCUUAUUAUCUUAUGUGCCUAUUUUCAUCUAUCUACGCCGUUUUCAUAUCUAUCUAUCUAUCUAUCUAUCUCAUGACACACCUUCUUUAUAAUGUGCAUGUUGGGGUGACACGGUGGCAGGAUCGGUCGUGUAUAUUUCGUUGCCUGGCAACAAACUUCCCACAUUGUUAUAUGUAUAUUAUUUUCUCUUCGACUUUCUUUCGCAAUAUGUUUCUAUCUAUCUAUCUGUCUAUCUAUCUCAGUCCUUUUCAUAUCUAUCUAUCUAUCUAUCUAUCUAUCUAUCUAUCUAUCUCAGUUCUUUUCAUAUAUAUCUGUCUGUCUAUCUAUCUCAGUCCUUUUCAUAUCUAUCUAUCUAUCUCAGUCCUUUUCAUAUCUAUCUAUCUAUCUCAGUCCUUUUCAUAUCUAUCUAUCUAUCCUUUUCAUAUCUAUCUAUCUAUCUAUCCUUUUCAUAUCUAUCUAUCUAUCUAUCCUUUUCAUAUCUCUAUCUAUCUAUCCUUUUCAUAUCUAUCUAUCUAUCUAUCUAUCCUUUUCAUAUCUAUCUAUCUAUCUAUCCUUUUCAUAUCUAUCUAUCUAUCUAUCUAUCCUUUCAUAUCUAUCUAUCUAUCUAUCCUUUUCAUAUCUAUCUAUCUAUCUAUCUAUCUUAGUCUGUACUUAUCUAUCUAUCCUUUUCAUAUCUAUCUAUCUAUCUAUCUAUCUAUCUAUCUAUCUAUCUAUCUAUCCUUUUCAUAUCUAUCUAUCUAUCUAUCUAUCUAUCUUUUCAUAUCUAUCUAUCUAUCUAUCUAUCCUUUUCAUAUCUAUCUAUCUAUCUAUCUAUCCUUUUCAUAUCUAUCUAUCUAUCUAUCUAUCCUUUUCAUAUCUAUCUAUCUAUCUAUCUAUCCUUUUCAUAUCUAUCUAUCUAUCUAUCUAUCCUUUUCAUAUCUAUCUAGAAAUUUCAAAAGCUUUUUUUUCUGA